AUGUCGCCAUACGCAUCAAAUAUCAAGAUCAGAUACCCUGAACGGCUUCUGUGGGAGGAAUUCGAGGACUCAAAGUCGUAUCUCGAUCCAGACACGGAAUCCCUCCCUACCCCAAAAUUCAGUGCGUCAGAGUAUCUGAGAUCUUCCUCUCCAACACCAAACUUCGAUUCCAAUCGGAUCUACUCCAGCGGCUAUAAAAAGCUACUCUAUCCGCCAUCCCUAUCGUCAAGCGUGCUACACGGCAAACACAAUUCCAGUAAAUACCUGUCAGACAGCCAUGGGUAUAGAUGUCUCCGAUUUGGCUGCGGCCAGUUGACCCAACUGGGUUCAUACUACUGCUCAACUCAUUAUAGAGCUAACCACCAACACAUGGUUUAG